AUGUCGGACACUGAUACUGUAUUUUUGCUUCCAAAAGGUGCCGGUUAUGGGGUGUUGCUCGGUGUUGGUGCCGUUUUUGCAAUCGGUAUGAUCUUAACUACCAAAUUCUUGCAGAAGUAUCUCAACGAAAAUGCAACUUCUACGGAAACUUUCUCUGUUGCUGAUAGAAGUGUGAAGCGUUUCUUGGCGUGUUCUUCUGUUUACGCUUCUUGGUCUUGGGCCGAUGAAAUUUUGCAGACAGUGUCUAUGAUCUACAACUAUGGUGUUCAAGCCUCGUUUUACUAUGGGGCCGGUUUAUCGGUGCAGAUGUGCGUUAUGGCUCUUAUUGGUAUCAGUGCUAAAAAGAGAGCUCCUCAAGCUCACACUUCGCUUGAAAUUGUCGGUUUGAGAUAUGGAAAGGCUACUCAUAUACUUUUCUUGUUCCUCUGUUUGGUUACCAACUUGAUUUCAUGUUCCUCUAUGCUUUUAUCUGCUAGUGGUGCCAUUUCGAUCAUUUCUGGAAACCUUUCAAUUGUUGCAAGUACAUUACUUAUUCCAUUCGGAGUUUUAUUGUAUACUACCUUUGGUGGGUUGAAAGCAACAUUCUUGACUGAUUACGUUCACUCUUUCGUCUUGUUGUUGAUUUUGAUUGUCAUCAACACUAAGGUUCUUGCUUCCAAGGAAAUCGGUGGUUUGAACGGCCUUUAUUCUCAAUUGUUAGAACACUCUCAAGAUAGAUAUAUCGAAGGCAAUUAUCAAGGUUCUAUUCUUACUGGUAAGUCUCAAGGUUCUAUCAUCUUCGGUUUGGUUUUGACUUGUGGUAACUUUGGUUUGACUGUCAUGGACUCUUCUUUCUGGCAAAAGUCGUUCUCUGCUGAAGUAAAGGCUACUGUUCCUAGUUACUUGGGUUCAGCCGUCUUGAUUUUUGCAAACACUUGGCCAAUUGGUGCUAUUAUCGGAGGUGCCAGUAUCAUCUUGCAAGGCCAUCCUAGCUUUCCAACCUUCCCAAGAAAGAUGACUCAGUUCGAAAUCGACUCUGGCUUUGUUCUUCCUUAUACUGUCAAAGCUGUUUUGGGUAAUAGUGGUGUUGGUGCUGUCUUGUUGACUGUCUACCUUGCUGUAACAUCUACCUCGAGUGCUCAAAUGAUUUCUGUUUCGUCGAUCUUAUCCUUCGAUAUCUACAAGAAGUACAUUAACCCUCAAGCUAACAACAAGCAGAUGAUCCGAGUUGCUCAUUUCGGUGUUGUCUUUUUCGGCUUGUUUGCUGCUGGUUUCACACUUAUGCUUCACUACGUUAAUGUUAACAUGACAUGGAUGGGCUACUUCAUGUCCAUCGUCAUCUGUCCAGGUGUGUUCCCACUUAUUUUCACUGUUACUUGGGAUAGACAAACCACAAUCGCUGCCUUUGUCGCUCCUAUUACCGGAUUGGUCUUCGGUUUCGCCGUAUGGAUCACUACCACCAAUAAACUCUAUGGAGAAAUUACUAUCGACACUCUUGGUAUGCAAAUCCCUUGUCUCUACGCUUCCUUGACUGCCUUGUUCCUUCCUGCCGUUGUAAGUAUUAUUCUCAGUUUGACUGUUUUCCCAAAGAAAUUUGACUGGAAAGAAUUGCUGGAAGCUAAGCUUUUGAUCAAGGCUACGGGAUCUGAAUCUGAAUCUGAAUCUGAAAGUGAAGGUGAAAAGUCUGCCAUCAAAGAAAAGUCCACCAUCGAAAAUGUUCAGGUUUUCACAGUGGAAGAAGACUUAGGAGUUCGUGCAGCUGAUCCAGCCGAGUUGAAUUUCUAUUCCAAAGUUGCCAAAAUUGGUGUUGUUGUUGGUUUGUUGCUUACAUGGGUGUUAUGGCCAUUGCCAUUGUACCGUGAUUGGAUUUGGUCUGCUGCAUACUACAAAGGUUAUGUUGUAGUUGGGUUAAUUUGGUUAUACGUUGCCUUUAUCAUCAUUGGGUUGGCUCCUAUUUGGGAAGGUCGUCAUGCUAUCAAGACAGUCAGUAAUGGAAUCUAUAGAGAUUACAUCAAACGAUCUAAGUAA